AUGGAGGCGGUCAGUGCUGCAGCUGCCAUACUGCAAGUGGCGCAGAUGGCCGGUCAAACUGCUAUCAAAGCCCACGAUUGUUUUUCCAUCAUUCAAAACGCUCCCAAUGAGAUCAAUGCGAUCAACCGUGAUAUCGCAGCGUUUCAGACACAAGUGGACAGACUCGCGAGAUCAUUGAGCAGCCCCACUUUCUCUGAUAUUGUCAACGCCGAUCCAGAGAUAAGCGACGCUAUUCUGACUCUGGAAAGCCCCAUAGCGAACUGCAAUGAAGCGUUGAAUCGGAUAAUGCAGAAGAUGGAACCAUAUCUCAAAGUCGAGGCAUCAUCCCCAAGUCCCAAGACGCAUGGUGUGGAUUCUCCACCUGCCGGUGGGACGCGAAUGAGAAUGUUGUGGUUUUGGAGACGAAAAGAAGUCUUUGGAUUGACAAUGGAGCUGGAACGUACAAAGUCCACUUUUGAUAAUGCCAUGGGAAAUGUGAAAUUUGUAUGCUCCGAGACGACACCUCACCCAAAAAGUCGAGAUUUUGAUACGGACGUCGGAUCAUCGUUGACCAACUAUGCUGCAUCGAUAGUUGCUGCCGCCUCAAACGAUGGAUUCAAUGCGUCUUCUAGGUACUCAAUUACUUCCGCGGAAACACGCGCGGCUGAUCUGCCUUCUGGCCCCGAGGCGGCUGAGCAAAUCAAGGUCGCUAUCUCUCAUGGCGGUGUGUUGCUUUUAAGAGCCAUCUUGCAACAUGCUCACGUUGACGCACGCGAUAAGAAAGGCCGUACGGCACUGUCCCAUGCGGUCGAAAAGGGACAAGUGGAGAUCAUAAAAGUUCUCCUUGAAUGCGGUGCAUCCGUGUCAGCUCGCCAGUGGAGUGUCAGUGGCUGGGCAGGCGGUAGAAACCCCUAUAAAGAAAGUGGUGCGACGGCAGUGUGGUAUGCAGCGAGGUAUAACCAGCUAGAGAUCCUCAAGUUGCUUUUAGAGCGUGGGGCCAACGCUCAAGUGCGAACGACGUGCGGUAAUACUCCACUGUCAGCGGCGUGUCAGCAAGGGUAUACCGACAUUGUUAAAGUACUGCUAUCGAAAGGGGUGGGUGUGAAUACCCGGAAUUACCACGACGUUAGCUACGCACCUAUACAUGGAGCAGUCAGUGGGGAUUUCAUAGAAAUACUGCAACUUUUGCUCGACCACGGAGCUUUCCUGGAAACUCCCACAAUACAGCCCGAAGGAAAGAACGCCCUCCACUUUUCCGUCACAUGUAGGAGACUCAACUCCUUGAAAAUACUCCUAGAGAGGGGUGCUGAUCCCAAUGCACUCAUGAUUGAAAGGGUGACUCCUUUACAUCUAGCUGCUGCUGCAAAUUGGAUCCCGGGAAUUGAACUUCUGAUGGAACAUAAUGUGUUCAUCGAUGCCAGAGAUAGUCUUCUUCACGAGACACCUCUACACAAAGCAGCGCGAAACCGUCACCACAAGGCAAUACAAAAGUUGUGUGAACUGGGUGCAAAUCAGCAAGCAAAGAACGUGGAUGGUCAGACGUAUCAGGAGAUUCUCGAAUAUGCAUUGGAUGAUCCAGAUGAGUGGGGAGUAUAUCCGCAUCUAGGAGUUUACAUCUGCAAAGAUCUAUGGCUGAUAACUCACUAA